AUGUCACCAUCUCCAAAGCCUCAAGACGCGGGCUCACCCCCUCAGAGCGCCUCUAUGCUCAAGGGCGCUUCCCUCCUCAUCAUCCUCCAGCUUGCAUCGCGCCUCAUCACCUUUGUCGCCAACCAGCUCCUCCUGCGCUACCUCACUGCGCCACUCCUAGGUCUAUCCACGCAGCUGGAGGUCUACUACCUCUCUGUUCUCUUCUUCGCCCGCGAGAGUCUCCGCGUGGCUAUUCAACGGCAAGGCACAGUGGGAAACACCACGAAAAGCAGUGACGCAGCGAGGGUGGAGAGCCAGGCUGUCGUGAACCUCGGAUAUCUCGCCAUUGGCCUAGGAAGCGUUGUCAGCCUCGUCCUGGGAUGGAUGUAUCUCGCGUUUCCAAGCGGUGCAGCUGUUUCGACGCCGUAUCUCGUCGAGUCGCUGUAUCUCUACGGUCUGGCGGCAAUGGUUGAGCUGCUCUCUGAGCCUUGCUUUGUCCUCAUGCAGAUGCGUCUCCAAUUUGGCACGCGAGCUGCCGCAGAGUCCAUCGCAACGUUUCUACGAUGCAUUGUUGUUUUCACCUCUGCAGUCUGGGCAUCAAAGCAGCAGAAAGAUAUUGGUGUUCUGCCUUUCGCCCUCGGCCAGAUGACUUAUGGUGCAUCUCUACUCCUUGUCUAUCUCAUCUCUGGAUAUCAACUCGCCUCUACGAUCGGCUUCUCUAUUCUCCCCAAGGCUGUUUCAACCAAGGAUGGUCGCUUCUUGGGAUCCUACUUUGACCGGCAAACUAUGAGUCUUGCUGGGAGCAUGAUGGCUCAGAGCGUGGUGAAGCAUCUCCUAACACAAGGCGACACGUUCCUCGUCUCUCUGCUCGCCACUGCCGAGGUUCAAGGUGCAUAUGCCCUCGCCAACAACUAUGGCGGUCUUCUAGCGCGUCUACUCUUUCAGCCGGUCGAGGAAAGCAGCCGCAGUUACUUUUCUCGCCUCUUGUCGUCUCCUGCAGCAAGCCCUUCCGGUGGAGAUGGUGAAAAGCAAUCUGCAAAGCCCUCACCAGCUGUGAAUGAAGCAAAGCAAAACCUACGGACUCUCCUCCGACUCUACAUCCUUCUCUCAUCUAUAAUCAUCAACAUCGGACCCUUCGCCGCUCCUCCUCUCCUCGCCAUCGUGGCCGGUAAGCGAUGGAUCGGCUCAGGGGCUGGCGACGUACUCGCAGCAUACUGCUUCUACAUCCCCUUCCUCGCCCUCAACGGCCUCACAGAGUCAUUCGUGGCAUCCGUCGCCACAGAAGCAGAGGUUCACCAGCAAUCUGGUUGGAUGGGCGCUUUCUCCGUCGCCUUUGCAGCCUCAGCAUUCCUCUUCAUGUGGGUAUUCCCUCUCGGUGCCAUCGGUCUCGUGGUAGCCAAUAUCAUCAACAUGGCAUGCCGCAUCGUCUGGAGCGGCGCAUUUAUCAAGCGAUUAUUCAAGAAACACGGGACCGAUUUCGAAAUCAAGACAUUGCUCCCGGAGGGUUCAGUGACCUUCUCCCUUGCCACAGCUAUACUUCUCAAGCAACUCAAGGUCCUCGACAGCGCAGAGGACCAACCCAUCAAAUCUCUCAUCAAGGUCGCCGCCUCGGCCGUCCCAUUAUUGCUCCUCAUUUUGUUCUUUGAGCGCCGUUUUAUCCUCGAGUGUCUGCACUCUAUCCGUGGUCGCAAAGCCGCCAAACAAUAG